UCUAGUUUAUUUUUCUUUUUUUUCCUUUUCCCGGCUUGAUCUUCUUCUCUCUUUUCUCUAUUUGCAGCUUUAAUUUUUUUUUUCUUUUCCAGUGCUUUUAUUUUUCUGAUCGGCCACCACCACUUGUUUGUCGUCUUAUUCUUCAACAGCCAAUAGCAGUUUCGGAAGGAUCGGACAUAUAUCCCGUGUCCUUACUCUCGUCGUAUCGACACGAGUGGCUGCCGUUCGGUUUUUGUUUAAGCCAUUGCUUGUUUUGGUCCUAUUACAAUGUCGGGUUCCGGCAACCUUCCUCUUGACUAUGAAGCUCUGGCGGAGAAGAAGCGCAAAGCACUUGCCGAUAUGCAGGGCAGUGAAGGAUCAUCAAAGAAGGCUAGAAAAGAGGAUAUUUCGGAAGGGAUUAUGGAUGAAAUAAUGCAAACUUUGAACUGUGGUCGUCGGAGAAAAUCAAGCAAGAAACGAGGUAGGCGAAAGGGAAGAGGGAAUAAACUGAGCCCCCAAAUUCAGAGAAUUGUUGGAGAUGCUACACUUCACUAUGGAAAUGGUCGUUUCAAAGAGGCCAUAACUGUUCUGAAGGAAGGUGUUCAACUUGAACCAAAAUUUCCUCAUUUAUAUCAUAUGCUCGGGCUUUCUUAUAAAGCCCUUGGUGAUAAUAAAAGAGCUUUUCAAUUCUACAUCAUAGCUGGACUUCUUAAGCCAAAAGAUCCUGAUCUGUGGAAACUGCUUUUUACCUGGUCCAUAGAGCAAGAGAAUGUUAGUCUGACCUGCCAUUGCCUUUCUAAAGCAAUAAUGGCAGAUCCUACAGAUAUUAGUUUAAGAUAUCUUCAAGCAUCACUUUAUGAUGAGCUCGGUGAUUACCAGAAAGCAGCCGAGUCAUAUGAACAAAUUCAGCAAAUCUCUCCUGACAAUGUUGAAGCAUUGAAAAGUGGGGCUAAGUUAUACCAAAAAUGUGGUCAGAUUGAACGAUCUUUUGCUAUUUUGGAGGGCUAUCUUGAGGGUCAUCAAGAUGAGGCUGAUUUGAGUGUUAUUAAUCUUCUUGUUUCUAUGUUAAUGCAAAAUAAUGCAUAUGAAAGGGCUCUUCAGCAAAUUGAGCAAGCCCAUGCUAUCUACUAUUCAGGAAAAGAACUGCCUAUCAACUUGAAAACUAAAUCAGGAAUUUGCCACAUUCACCUGGGAGAUAUAGAGAAAGCAGAGGUGUUCUGCAGUGUUUUGCAAUCCAUGGCACAUGAUCAUGCUGACUUGGUUACUGAGGUUGCAGAUACAUUUAUGACUCUUGGGCAUGUUAACUCUGCAUUGAAGUAUUACAAUAUGUUGGAGAAUGAUGAUGGAAUUGAUGAUGACCAUUUACAUCACAAAAUUGCUCAGUGUUACAUAUCCACGGGAGAAAAAGUGCUAGCAAUUAAGUUCCUUCGAAAAGCUCUGGAACGACUAGAGAACAACGUCGAUGCUCGUUUAAAUUUGGCUUCCCUGCUUAUUGAAGAUUCUAAAGAAGAUGAAGCCAUUUCUUUGCUUUCUCCUCCCCAAAGUUUUGAUUUACAGAAUAUUAACAAGAAUUCUGAUACAUCUAAAUCGUGGUGGCUCAAUGGGAAAAUAAAAUUGAAGCUAUGCAACAUUUAUAGAGCUAAAGGGAUGAUGGAGGAUUUUGUCAAUACCAUUCUUCCGUUGGUACAAGAGUCCCUUUAUAUUGAAUCUCUUGGGAUAAAGAUAAAAGUUAGGCGCCGCCUAAGAGAUAGUGAUCUAUUUGAAAGAGUCAAAAAAGUUGAUGAUCGGCAAACUGAUGGUGUAUUUUGUGGGUCAAGACCAAUGGUAACUGCAGCAGAUAGGUUGAAAGCUUCCAGAGCAAGAAAGCUGCUACAAAAGAAAGCAGCUUUGAAGGAAGAAAAGAAAGCUGCUGCACUUGCUGCCGGACUUGAUUGGCAUAGUGAUGAUGCCAAUGAUGAAUCUGAGGAAGAACAUUUUAAAGAACCACCUCUGGUUAAUCUUCUAAAAGAUGAGGAGCAGCAAGACCUUAUCAUAGACUUAUGCAAGGCAUUGGAAUCUUUGGAAAGGUAUUAUGAAGCAUUGGAUAUUAUCAAACUUGUAUUAAAAUCAGGUCAUAACUUUUUCCCUGUUGAGAAGCAGCAGCAGCUUCGAUCACUUGGAGCACAAAUGGCAUACUACACCAUGGAUUCCAAGCAUGGGUUUGACUGCAUAAAGCACAUUGUUCAGCAGCACCCUUACAGUAUUACUGCUUGGAACUGCUAUUACAAAGUACUUCCAAGAUCGGGAAAAUGUUAUUCAAGGCAUUGUAAGUUUUUACGUUUUUUCCGUAGCAAACACAAAGAUUGCAUACCACCUAUUGUCAUUUCUGGCCAUCAGUUUACCGUGCUUAGUCAUCACCAAGAUGCUGCUCGAGAAUACCUUGAAGCUUAUAAGUUGUUGCCAGAGAAUCCUUUAAUUAAUUUGUGUGUUGGGACUGCAUUGAUCAAUUUAACCCUUGGACUUAGACUCCAAAACAAGCAUCAGUGUAUUGCACAAGGUUUAGCUUUCCUCUACAACAACCUUCGUCUUUGUGAGAACAGCCAGGAAGCACUGUAUAAUAUCGGACGGGCAUGUCAUCAUGUCGGACUGGUGACCCUGGCAGUUUCAUACUAUGAAAAGGUGUUAGCGAUGAAGGAGAAGGAUCAUCCAAUCCCAAAACUCCCCAAUGAGAACUGGGAUCAUGCGGUAGAGAACCACAAAAAAGAUGGGUAUUGUGACCUUCGCAGGGAGGCAGCUUUCAAUUUGCAUUUAAUCUAUAGAAAAUGUGGAGCAAUGGAUCUUGCUCGCCAAGUCUUGAAAGAUCAUUGCACCUUUGAUUGAUAUAUGUGUAUUAGUGUGUAUAUAUAUGUAUAUAGAUUCAUGAUCUGUGGAGUAACAUGAUACUCAUCAGCUCAAAAUUUAGCUGUUAAUAUAUCAUAAUAUAUAAAUUGUUCAAUUA